AUGGCUUCUCUUCCUGUCCUUCUUCUUCUUCUUUUGCUCACUUUUUUUUCUUCAGCAGACUCCAAGACUUUCUGGGCUGACGUGGCAGCUCUUAGAGAGUUCAAGAACUCUGUCGAUACCAAAUCCAUGAGUCCUGGCUCUUGUCUCUCUUCCUGGGAUUUCUCCGUCGAUCCCUGCGACACUUUGUUCAGCGACACUUUCACUUGUGGCUUCCGCUGCGACUCUCUCGUUUCCGGUUCGGGUCGGGUCACGGAGCUCGUUCUCGACCAUCCCGGUUACUCCGGCUCCCUCUCCUCCGUCUCCUUCAACCUCCCUCAUCUCCAGACCCUCGACCUCUCCGGCAACUACUUCUACGGUCUGCUUCCCGACUCGCUCUCCAACCUCACCCGCCUGACCCGUCUCGUCGUUUCCGGAAACUCCUUCUCAGGAUCCAUACCCGAUUCUAUCGGGUCAAUGCCGGUUCUCGAGGAGCUUCAUCUCGAUAACAACCGCCUUGAAGGCUCCGUUCCGACGAGUUUUAACGGCCUCUCCAGCCUGAAACAGCUAGAAAUCCAGCUCAACAAUAUCUCCGGCGAGUUCCCCGAUCUGAGCAAGCUCAAGAACCUCUAUUACCUCGACGCGAGCGAUAACCGGAUCUCGGGUCGGGUACCGUCAUCGUUACCAGAAUCAAUAGUCCAAAUCUCAAUGCGAAACAACCUCAUGGAAGGAACCAUCCCACAAAGCUUCAAAUAUCUAAACUCACUUCAAGUGAUCGAUCUUAGCCACAACAAACUCAGCGGCUCAGUCCCAUCAUUCAUCUUCACUCAUCAAACUCUCCAACAGCUAACUCUCUCCUUCAAUGGCUUCUCCUCUUUAGAUUCACCUUACUAUUCCCCCUUGGGUCUCCCAAGCGACCUUAUCUCCCUGGAUCUCAGCAACAACCAGAUCCAAGGCGCAUUGCCUCUCUUCAUGGGUCUACUACCGAAGCUCUCGGCUUUGUCGUUAGAGAACAACAGGUUCUCUGGUAUGAUUCCCAUCCAGUACGUCUGGAAAAUCGUUUCCCCUGGAUCGGAUUUCGCCGGGUUUCAGAGACUCUUACUAGGCGGCAAUUACAUAUUCGGGGUAGUCCCGGGUCCUUUGAUGGCGCUUAAGCCUGGUUCAGCGAACGUGCAGCUCGCCGGAAACUGCUUCUCGUGGUGUCCGGCGACACUUUUCUUCUGCCAAGGCCAGGAGCAGAGAUCUCCUACGGAAUGCAGAAAGUUUAGCCGUGUAAUUCCGUGA